AUGUGGAAAAGUCUUAGGUUAACGCAAUCGCAACUAGCAAAGCUUCAAUUCACUGGAAACAAAUUGCAGUCUCGCUUAGGUGUUCCGGCUUUAGAUACAGUCUUAAACCAAUGGUACGAAUUUUGCAAAAAGCCUCCAAAGGGUUUUGAAAAGUACUUUCAGCCAGGAACCAGUCAAAAGCAGCAAAAAAAGCCAGAAAAAGAUGAUUCUCCAGCGCCCUCGAAAUCUUCACCGCCACCACCUAAGUCGAGUUCCUCCCAAGAUAAAUGGAAUAUUAACAUGUUUAACACCCCAGGUGGAAGGGGAGCCGGUCGUGGUGGCUACGAAGGACAAGAUCGUGAAAAAUGGAUGAUGUUCGGCGCACUUGGUGUAGUAACUCUCAUUGCAUCUAUUGCAUAUUUUGAACUUAAAUACCGGGAGAUAAGUUGGCGUGAUUUUGUUAAUUCAUACUUAAAGAAAGGUAUAGUUGAAAAACUCGAAGUUAUAAAUAAAAAAUGGGUAAGAGUUAAGUUACAGCCAGGCACGUUUGAAGGAAAAGUAAUAUGGUUUGCUAUUGGUAGUGUUGAUUCUUUUGAGAGAAAUUUGGAAAAUGCACAAAUUGAAAUGAAUGUUGAACCACAGAAUUUUUUACCUGUUAUUUAUAGAACUGAAGUCGAAGCAUCAAGUUUAACAGGAAUGUUGCCAACCUUAUUAAUUAUUGGUUUCCUUAUCUAUAUGAUGAGAAGAUCUGCAGAUAUGAUGGGUAGAGGUGGGCGAAAGGGUGGUGGAUUGUUUGGUGGUGUAAUGGAGUCCACUGCAAAAUUAAUAAACCCAACAGACAUUGGUGUUAAGUUUCAAGAUGUUGCUGGUUGUGAGGAAGCUAAGAUUGAGAUUAUGGAAUUUGUAAACUUUUUAAAGAACCCCCAACAAUACAUAGAUUUAGGAGCCAAGAUCCCUAAAGGAGCACUAUUGACAGGACCACCAGGUACAGGAAAGACAUUAUUGGCCAAGGCCACAGCUGGAGAAGCAAAUGUCCCCUUUAUUACUGUAUCUGGUUCUGAAUUCUUAGAAAUGUUUGUAGGGGUGGGGCCAUCCAGAGUGAGGGAUAUGUUUUCGAUGGCUCGAAAGCAUGCCCCAUGCAUACUAUUCAUUGAUGAAAUUGAUGCUGUAGGUCGAAAGAGGGGUGGAAGAAGUUUUGGAGGCCAUUCUGAACAAGAAAACACUCUCAACCAACUUCUAGUAGAAAUGGAUGGAUUCAAUACUACAACCAAUGUUGUUGUUCUAGCUGCCACUAACAGAGUUGAUAUACUUGAUAAGGCACUUUUAAGACCUGGCCGUUUUGAUAGACAAAUUUUUGUUCCUGCACCGGAUAUUAAAGGCAGAGCUUCUAUUUUUAAAGUGCAUUUAGCUCCACUUAAAACUACCCUCAAUAAAGAGAAUUUAGCUAGAAAGAUGGCUGCUUUAACUCCAGGUUUCACUGGUGCAGACAUUGCGAAUGUGUGUAAUGAGGCUGCACUUAUUGCAGCAAGAGAGCUAUCUACUGAUAUCAGCAUGAAGAAUUUUGAGCAAGCAAUUGAAAGAGUAGUUGCAGGUAUGGAAAAGAAAUCCAAUGUUCUUCAACCUGAAGAAAGAAAGAUUGUAGCAUAUCAUGAAGCUGGUCAUGCAGUUGCGGGCUGGUUCUUGGAACAUGCAGAUCCUUUGCUCAAAGUGUCUAUCAUACCUAGAGGAAAAGGUCUCGGAUAUGCCCAAUAUUUACCCAAAGAACAGUACUUAUACAGUAAAGAACAAUUAUUUGACAGAAUGUGCAUGACUCUUGGAGGCCGUGUCAGUGAGGAAAUAUUCUUUGGAAGGAUAACAACAGGCGCUCAAGAUGAUUUAAAGAAAAUCACACAAAGCGCAUAUGCUCAAAUAGUACAUUAUGGUAUGAAUACUAAAGUUGGAAAUGUAUCGUUUGAAAUGCCACAGCCGGGUGAAAUGGUUAUUGAUAAGCCAUAUUCUGAAAAAACUGCAGAAUUAAUUGACUCGGAAGUGAGAGAUUUAAUUAAUUCUGCCCACAAACGCACAACUGAUCUUUUGGUUCAUCAUAAACCAAAUAUUGAAAAAGUAGCAGAACGCUUAUUGAAACAGGAGAUAUUGAGCAGAGAUGACAUGAUUGAAUUGUUGGGUCCGAGACCUUUCCCUGAAAAGAGUACUUAUGAGGAAUUUGUAGCUGGAACUGGUUCACUAGAUGAAGACACCACUUUACCUGAAGGACUCAAAGAAUGGAAUAAAGAGAAGCAGCCGACUGUUCCACCACCAGAAAGUAUACCACCAGGUCCUCCUACUACGAGUAAAAACUAA